UUGGGAGAUAGCCUUUGCUCUGGUUACAUUAACUGUUUAGACAACGAAAAACUCCAAUAUGGGAACCCGUGACGACGAAUAUGACUACUUAUUUAAAGUGGUGCUGAUCGGAGACUCCGGCGUGGGGAAGAGUAACCUGCUGUCCCGUUUCACACGGAACGAGUUUAACCUGGAGAGUAAGAGCACCAUCGGAGUGGAGUUUGCCACUCGCAGCAUCCAAGUGGACGGCAAAACCAUCAAGGCUCAGAUCUGGGACACAGCAGGACAGGAGAGAUACAGAGCCAUCACCUCAGCGUACUACCGUGGUGCGGUGGGCGCCCUGUUGGUCUAUGACAUCGCUAAACAUCUUACCUAUGAGAACGUGGAGCGCUGGCUGAAGGAACUGCGUGAUCACGCUGACAACAACAUCGUCAUCAUGUUGGUGGGAAACAAGAGCGACCUGCGUCACCUCAGGGCGGUGCCCACCGACGAGGCUCGAGCCUUCGCAGAGAAGAACAACCUGUCCUUCAUCGAGACGUCAGCCUUGGACUCCACAAACGUAGAGGAGGCGUUUAAAAACAUCCUCACAGAAAUCUAUCGGAUUGUAUCACAGAAGCAGAUCGCUGAGAGAUCUGCGCAUGACGAGUCUCCCGGCAACAACGUGGUGGACAUCAGCGUCCCGCCCACCACUGACGGGCAGAGAGGCAACAAACUGCAGUGUUGCCAGAACCUGUGACAUCACACCGGGAUGCCUCUGCUCUGUCUCUCUCUCUCAAUCUCUCAAUCUCUCUCUCUCUUCCUCUCCCUCUGUUUAUUUCCGCUUUGCUCCUGCGUGUUGUGCUGCUGUCUUUAUGAUACCUCCAUGCUGUUUCCGUGGUGAUUCUAGAAGUUUUCCAGAAGUUUGACAUUCUAGAUGACAUUCCUUUUGUCAUUGUCGUGUUUUUCUUCUUUUUUCUGGUCCUGAUUUUUUUUCAGCUGUCUCUUUUUGUUUGUUUGUUUGUUUGUUUUUCUCCUCUACCAGUGUAAGAGUUACUGUAUAAAUAUAUCUGUUUGGAAGUGAAAUAUUUCGGAUGCUGAUCAUGUGAUCCAGCCCUCUGAAAAGGGAUGGUGAGGAAUCAGUAUGUCCUGAUCUUCCGGCUUCUCCUUGGAUUUUUUCCGGGGAAUUUCCCCACACUAAGCAACGGGCCGGAAUUCUGCCGGAGAUGUUUGGGGUCCCAGUGGUCUUGGCUGAUGUGGAAAAUGCAGAGAUACCAAAGGAAAGGCUGUAAUCAGAGCUCAGCUUUUACCGGUCCCAUCGGCGGGCCGACAUUUCAAAGGGCAAAUUUCUCAUAGUUUCCCCCCUCUCCACUUAAAACACACACACACACACACUUCUCUCCUGCUUGUUUUUUGGGGAGGACUGGAGGGGGGAGGGGGUUG